UCUUUCCCAGAUUGCUCAACUGCCAGGCCCAUAAAUAAGCCGCCAGAGAGACAGGAAGGAAACUGAUACUGAAAGUGAAGCUGGACUGUUUCUUUUCUUUUCCCAGUUACAGUUCUAAGAGAGACUAGAAACGUCAAGGAAUCAUGGCAGCUUGCGCUUAUGGCAAUAUUAUACAUGUUGAUACUACUGGAGCGUCCGCUGAAACUGGAAAACAAGAAGGCCUGAGUUAUGGUGGGGUUCCAGCUUCAGAAAAAAAUGCAGAGAGAGAUCUAAAGAAUCUGGAGAAAUAUAAGACAAAGAUUAUGAAUGUCAGUAGAAAAACAGGUAUUGAUCCAGCUCUAAUUGCUGCUAUAAUCUCCCGAGAAUCUCAUGCUGGAACUCUCCUGAAGAAUGGCUGGGGUGACCAUGGAAAUGGAUUUGGUUUGAUGCAGGUUGACAAACGAUUCCAUAAACCCACAGGCACAUGGGAUAGUGAGGAACAUAUGACUCAGGCUACCAGCAUUCUGUGUUCCAUGAUAAAGGACAUUGAAAAAAAAUUUCCGCAGUGGACUAAGGAACAACAGCUCAAAGGUGGAAUUUCAGCCUACAAUGCAGGUGUUAACAAUGUCAAAACUUAUGACCGAAUGGAUAUAGGCACAACAAAGAAUGAUUAUGCCAAUGAUGUUGUUGCAAGAGCUAAGUUUUACAAAAGAAAUGGAUACUAAUAAUGCUUUCCAACAAUUACUUGAAAUGAAUACAUAAUCAACCAAUUUAUGAAAACAUGUAUAUUCCUAAUAAAAUACAUGUUCAUUGUA